AUGACUAAGCUUCACCGCUUUCGUUGGUCCGUGCACAACGCCCUUGGUUAUAAAUGCCUUGAGAUCUGGCGACACCUGGUUUCCGAGACUCUAGUCAAAUAUUUCUUCUAUCUGCUAUCUGAAAGUGAAAGGCCAACUUUAUGCUUCAUGGAGAAAGUAAAUCAGGCUGUGUCCGAUGCCCUUGCAACGCAUCGUUCAAUCCGAAUCCUAGGUGACCUGCCUACCGAAAAGCUGAAUCGCGAAGACUAUCUGGCCUCGACUCGUGAAUUAAUCGAAAGCCUCGUCGAUUUUUGGAAAGAAAAGGCGGACUUGCGGCUUUUGGCAGUGGAGGUUUGGCCGCGACACACCUACUUUGCGCUCGAUUUCAACAACGACGAGUACAACUAUGACAACGCCCACACUCAUGUAGUAGUUAUACCUGUCUACCUGUUUCGGCUGUCCAGGAAAAGCCAUACCUGGACAAUCUUUCGACACAAGCCCCAAGACUCAUCGCUCGCCAAAAGAAUUGCGGACCUACAUGAAUUCAAUGGGCAGGAUCCCAUUCCCUUCCUUGAAGACCACAUCGAAGGUGUGACACAUUAUGCCCCUCGGAAUAGCAAAAACCCUGUCGUUGCAUCUGAGAACCCUACGUGA